AUGUGUGUGAUCUUGAACCCACCUCUCCUUUCUUCUCCGUUAUUAGGAAUCUCAUUCGAGACAUUCGUGAUGGCUAUAGUGAAGGGAGGGGGAAACAAGGAUCCUUCAAGCAUACCUUCAAUGACAUUUUCUUCAACUUCAUCCAUUCCUAGGAGCUUUAAGUACGAUGUGCUUCUGAGUUUUAGAGAUGAAGACACUCGCACCAACUUCAUCGAUCAUCUUUAUUCUUCUCUUCAGAUGAAAAGCAUUUACACUUACAAGGAAGAUGAGAGAACUAAUAAAGAGAAAAGGAUCAAUGAUGAGCUCAUCAGAUCCAUUGAAGACUCAAGAUUCUACAUCAUUAUUUUCUCAAAGAACUAUGCAUCUUCUUCUUGGUGUUUGGAUGAGCUUGUGAAGAUAAUGGAGUGUGACAAAUAG